GGACAUUUUUCUGUGAAUUGUGUUAACUGUGGAAGCGGGGUCUGUUGGAGUCAAAUCAUGGACUCCACUCCCCUAAAGCUGUGCUAACAUAUUAGCAGCAGAUCCUUCAAGUCUUGUAUAUUUCAAGGUGAGGCCUCCAUGACUCUCACUUGUUUGCCAAGCACAUCCCAUAGAUUCCUCACCAAGAUCUUGGGAGAAUAGUAAGGCUACUAUCUUAACCAUGUGUUCCUCAAACUAUUCCUGAACCAUUUUAUCUUACUGGAAGAGGCUUCAUCCAUCAAGACAUAUUGUUCCUUUGAAAUGGUUUAUAGUCUGCCACUGGGCUACAGGGAAUUUGGUAUCUGUCAAACUAUCAUGUAUGUGGAUGGUAGGAUACUGGGUAUCCCAGCAGACCAUUACCCAAAUCAAAAUGCCCGUGGCUUAUCUUCUUCCCAGACUUGCGCAUAUUUCAUAUAUAAAUAUCCAAAACUGUAGAUCUGAAGAGGUGCUUACAGUGGUCUUCAUCUAUCAAAAGCGGUCUAAGAAAGAAACAAUCUUGAUCCAUCAGACAACUGUUACAGAGAUUGUGUGAAUUCUGACAGGAUAUAUUCAUGUAGUUUGUUGCUUGGAUUCAUUUUGAAGACAACAGGUUCUCUAGCUACUUAAUAUAUCCCACCAGACAGAGAGAGCCAUGCACUUCACCUGUUAGUGGUCAUACAUCUAAUAUGUGUAUUAUGCUGACACAUUUUUUCCGACCUCACUCAAAAAUAUCCACCUGAGGGCGCUAUAGCUCUAAACUGGCCUCGGUACCCCACAGCCUAAAACCAGGCUGUUCGGAAUGCAGAUUGGUUUUGACGUGUGCCAUGCAGACAUUUUGGAUUAGACACACGGAUUAGAUGUCCUUUUUUAUUUUACCAUAAUGAUUCUAACAUUUUCACUUUACCGUUUCCGUGAACAGAUCGGUUUUAAAAUAUUUUUUUUCAUUGAUCGGUGUGUAUGUGUGUGCAUGAAUGCGUGAACGCAGUGAGAAGCGCUUUGGGGUCCUCUGGACUUGAUAAAUCGCAAUGUAAAUAAAAUAAAAGCCAUUUCCCAUUUUUCCACUGCUCAUAAAUAAUUGGGGUUAUGAUGUAGCAAUUAAAAUAAAUAAAUCAAAUCACUAUUUUAUUACAUUGGUAUUUUACAUCUGUGUCACUAUCAACGGCCAGUCUCUGUGUGUCUGGUAGGUAAUCGAUAAAAGUCAGACCUCCUGCUCCCGUUUCCUACAAUGACGUUAGAGAUGGAGAGAGAGUGCGUGUGCGUGUGUGUGUGUGCGUGUGUGUGUGUGAGUGAGACAGAGAGAGAGAAGGAGUUGGGUAGGUGAGGGAGGAGGAGGAGGGAAGCUGGGAGAGCACAAGGAGGGAGGGAGAGCGGGUAUAAAAGCUUACAGAUCGCCUCUCCGAGAUGCAUUCUGUAUGCGGGAAGAGAAUCAGUCCUCCAAUGGAAGUACAUAAAAGCACCGUCCUCCAACAGACCAACAGCAGCAGCAUGUGCGAAUCGACGCAGAGGUCCUGCGAGCCUCGGCGGAAGAGAACGGAGGAGCGCAGCGCUCCGUCAGAGAUGGCGAGGAUCAUCACCGACCCGGCCACGGGGAAGUGCUACUGCCGGGGGAAAGUUUUGGGAAAGGGAGGAUUUGCUAAAUGUUAUGAGAUGACAGACCUCUCCACCGGCAAAGUUUACGCAGCAAAGAUUAUCCCACAUGCGCGCGUCUCCAAGCCUCACCAGCGGGAGAAGAUCGACCGAGAAAUUGAGCUGCACAGAGUUCUGCACCACAAAAAUAUCGUGCAUUUUUACCACCAUUUUGAAGACAAAGAGAACAUCUACAUCUUGCUAGAAUACUGCAGUCGAAAAUCCCUGGCACACAUUCUGAAGGCGCGCAAAGUGCUUACCGAGCCAGAAGUGCGGUAUUACCUGAGACAGAUUGUUUCUGGACUAAAGUAUCUGCAUGAACAAGAAAUUCUUCACAGGGACCUUAAACUGGGGAACUUUUUUGUUAGUGAGACGAUGGAACUGAAGGUCGGAGACUUUGGUCUCGCUGCCAAGUUGGAGCCGGCGGGAAACAGGAGGAAGACGAUCUGCGGGACUCCAAACUACUUGUCCCCUGAGGUCCUCAACAAGCAGGGUCAUGGCUGUGAAUCAGAUGUCUGGGCUCUGGGCUGUGUAAUGUACACUAUGCUGUUGGGCCGACCUCCAUUUGAAACCACCAACCUGAAGGAAACCUACCGGUGUAUAAGAGAAGCACGGUACUCGCUCCCUUCCUCGUUGUCACCGCAGGCAAAGCAGCUCAUUGCCAAUCUGCUGGCCAAGAUACCAGAGGAUAGACCCAAUCUAGACCAUAUUCUGAGGCACGACUUCUUCACCCAGGGCUUCAGUCCAGAGCGUCUGUCGCCUAGCUGCUGCCAUUCACCACCAGACUUCCACGUCUCCAGUCCUGCAAAGAGCUUCUUUAAGAAAGCUGCUGCUGCACUGUUCGGUGGGAAGAGAGAUAAGGUCAAAUACUACGAGACCCUCAACAAAUUAACUAAGGAGGAGGAGGAGAUCUACAAACUGCAGCACGACUUGGAGAGGACGGUCAUCAGUCAACAGCAGAGCAAGAAGAUGUCUGAGAAUGAAAGUCUACUUCCGCCAUCUGCCGGGAGCCCCGUUGCCUUGGCAACAGAGAGUCAGUCGCCAGCAACGCAAGACACCAUUCGUCUGAUUGUCAGGGGGAGUCUGGGCAGCUGUAGCAGCAGCAGUGAAUGUCUUGAAGACAACACAACAGGGAGCGUGGCUGAGACCGUUGCCAGUGUGUUAAGAGGAUGCCUAGAAAAUAUGCCUAAAGCAAAUGACACUCCUCAGACGUUAAACAGCUGCAGUCUUCAGUGGGUGACCAAAUGGGUGGACUACUCCAAUAAGUACGGCUUCGGCUACCAGUUGUCUGAUCACACCGUUGGCGUUCUCUUCAACAAUGGCACCCACAUGAGCCUCCUGCCUGAUAGAAAGACCAUUCAUUACUAUGCAGAGUUAGGCCAGCGCUCUGUCUUUCCCACUUGCGAGGUUCCUGAGCAUUUUGUGGGCCAAGUGACUGUGCUGAAGUACUUUUCCCACUACAUGGAGGAAAACCUCAUGGAUGGUGGGGACCUUGGUACUACAACAGAUUCACACAUGCCCCGUCUCUACCUGCUGCAGUGGCUCAAGUCAGACCGCGCCCUCAUGAUGCUCUUUAACGAUGGCACUUUCCAGGUUAACUUUUACCAUGAUCACACCAAGAUCAUCCUUUGCUGCCAGAGGGAUGAGUACAUGCUGACGUACAUCAACGAGGAACGAGUCUCUAAAACGUUCAAGCUCAGCUCCCUGCUGACGUCUGGCUGCCCCAGCGACCUGCGGCAGCGCUUGGUGUACUCCCUCAAUAUGCUCCUUCAGAGAUGCAGCUAAACCCACAGAAAUUGCUUUGGACUGAAAAACUGAAAAUUCCACCCACUGUGUCACUGCAGUGCUGCAGAGGAACAGGAAACCUGCGAGAGAACGGGGGAAUUUUCAGCGUUGGACUUGAGCAAAAUAUAUAAACAUUCCUGCACCGUUUCACUGUCAUGACUCAGCGUUGGUGCAGGUGAAAGUGUAAUGGAGAGAGAGACUGUAAGACCCUGGGAAAACGAAAUGUAGCACAAUGAAUGUUGAUGGGAAACAAAGGGCUGAUUUGUACUGUUGGAAAAGAGAGAGAGGACCGUGGACGUUGGUACGAAUGUGAACCCCACAUGUUGAGCUUUCAGGCUCCUAAGCUGGGCUGGCACCAGCUUAGGUGUUUAGGAGAAGUUGGUUUGAUUCCAGAAGCAUAAAACGAAGCUCUGAUCUUUAAACUGAGCUUGACUGCAAGAUACUGUAAAUGAUGUACAGUGUAUGUCCAAGCCAUCUCAGCUGUGGAAAGAAAUGACUGGUGUGGAUGUUGAAGGGUUUAAAUGAGUACAUGUUUGUCUGAGGAGGGAGGGGUGUAACAUUACGCUACCUUUUAAAAAACUGUGAUUUGUUUCUUAUUGUCUUUAUUUGACAGAUGGUCUCAGCACUCUGAACGAGAGGUUAUGUAGAAUGACAUUAUACCAGGUCUUUUUAGAACCAUUUAAGAGCCAUUAUCACCUAGGUAACAAUGUCUUAAAUAACUUAUUGUGUAAUAAAGUGCAGUAUUUAUUUAUUUAAUAAAUAAGUGAUUUCUAAAAAAAAAAAAAAG